CAGCUUUGCUGGUAAUGUAGGCCACCGAAGCAAAUCCAGAGAGAUUGAGUUGGAAGUGGAGAGAGGCUCUGAGAUCUAUUUCCUUGGCUUCCUGACGACGGGGGUGUGUGUGCGCGUACGUGUAACUUCUUUUUUUCUUUUCCACUGUAAACGGGAUAUCAUUUAAGAGGGAUCAUUAGCUGAGAGCAGCCCAGCUGGGUCAAGGCUGGGAGGCGGGGAUGCAGUUGCAAGCAGCGAAGCAAGGUGGAGGCACGAAGACAGAAGACCAGGUUAAUGAAAGCAUGAGGUGGCUCUCGGGCAGCAGCUGGAGAAAAUUUGGACACGCUGACAGGGGAAACUAUGACUGGCUAAAUAGUGAACCAGGUGGGCCGCUUCUGGAAACAGAGCUUCAGAGCAGACAGCAGACAAGUUCAACCAAAGACGACAUAGAACCAUUUCUGUGCAUCAUAUUGCCUGCCACCAUGAUGCUCUUCCUGGCAUUCCUGCUGCUCUUCCUGUACCGUCGUUGCCAGCGCCCUGCUCCACAGGGACAAGUCUUCAGCAUCGACCUCCCUGAGGCCCUGCCCGAGCACGAUGUGUCCAGUUUCCUUUCUGUGCUGCCCUGGAACAGUGAGCAGAGUUUUCAGUACUCCACUCUGCUCCCCGAUGCCACGUUCCUCACUGUGUGUUUGCCUCCAUCCUACGAGGAGGCCACCAUGAAGACUUCCAUGGACGAGGCUCACAUUGAGCUCUCUCCAGAUCCAGUGCCUCCUUACGAAGAGAGCACGCUGGAAUCCAACAGCGCCAAAUGAACUUCCUAUGGAAGCACUUUAGCUGAAGCAUGCAGCCCCUCGAGGCACAAAGGUGGAACUGCUAUGGCCUUUAAUAUUAGUGACAAGAUUCCAAAUGAGGCUCCAAACCAAUGAGUUAAUGAAGGAAGAAACUUGGAGUAACAGGGGAUGAGUGUCUUCACUUUAUCCUGGGAUUCUCUACCUUCCACUUGUGGCAAGCAUACACACAGAGUGUAGCACCAAACCUGUCCCAGACUGGUAACACGGGUAUUCCAGUUAAAGCACAGGAUUAAACUCAAGGACGGGUGGGAAUCUGUCCCUCUGCAAUCCCUCAGCUACAAGGUAAUAUAAAUUAUGUUAUAGAUUUACCACUCACAAAAAGGGCUUUUAGUGCACACCUAUUCCAGUUUAGCUUUUUCUUUUUUACGUGUUUAAUUGAGUUUCUGACAAGCCAAUUCAAUCCAUCUAUGUGUGUUAACAUCACAUCAUUCUGCAAUGCUCUGGAAUGAUCACAACAGCUUUCAGGAAAGUAAAUAAACAUAUAAACUCUACUAAAUUUCCAGCAACUAUCCCCAAAGGUUCAAACAUGCACUGCGGAUGUUUGUCUUAUCACAGUUGAACAAUGAGGACAACCAGAGAAGACCUGACCAUUCUGUGUGAGGAAGACUCCAGCAGCACCACACAUGAGCAUACUCACACUCUUGCUGCAAGCUAUUUGCCAAGGUCUGCAAGGUCCUGAUGUUCCAAGCUACUAGCUUGACUUAUUUUCCAAUUUACAAGUCUACAACAAUAGAACUCUGUGAUCUAUUUGGUGCAGCGUGUAAAAGAGUUGGGAAAAAAAUAAUAAAAUCAAAUGCACAAAAAAAUUCUGGUGUGUAUUUCAAAACAGAAUUAUACUCCCUUCCCCUUCAACACUAGGGCAAAGUAAAUCUCAUUCAAGUGCAUUGGUGGCAGUGGUUCAGUUUCAAGAGGGCUUGCACAUACGUAUUUUCAUACAAUGAUGUAUGCUGUCUUUAAUUCUUUCUUACAAGAUAGCUUUUUCACUCUGUUGAUAGAUGCUUUUGUAAUGGAAGGUGGCUACUACGGAUCCUGACAGCUUCAAAAGUGAUGACAUUUUCUUCCUUGCAGGUGUCAGCUAUUCCAUGACAUUACAUUUUUCUGUGGCUUGCCAACAUAACAACUACUAUGUAUUAUUGCAUGUAGUCUUGGUCUGACUCCUAAACCCAAAGGCUGUCCUGACUUGCACAUUGUGAUUCCAGCAACUGUCAUUAAGUGUCAAUAUCAGCCAGGGCUACUUCGUGA